AUGGCUUUUCUAGUAUUGACAUCAGACGUUUCUGCCCCUUUCGUUAUCCCAUCGGUUUCGCCAGUAUCGCCUUCGGCUAGCAGAAAGAACAGCGCUGCCAGCUUCGAGGCUGCCAGAAAAAACUAA